AUGGUCAGCCGACGCGCCAGCAGGACGCCCAAAUGUGCGCGGUGCCGCAACCACGGCGUCGUGUCGGGGCUGAAGGGCCACAAGCGGCUGUGUCGGUGGCGGGAGUGUGGCUGUGGCGGGUGUCGGCUCGUGGCGGAGCGGCAGCGGCUCAUGGCGGCUCAGGUGGCGCUGCGCAGGUAUCACGCGACAGAGGCGACCGGCAGGCGGUCCGACAGCGCAGUCGCGGAGCAGGCGAAUCCUGCUGAACUGCAACAAACUGCCUGCGAGUCUGCGGAUGGCGGAGUGACGGAACACAAACAUUCGGAUCUUGCAGACGCCGAAGGAGGCAGCUCCUCUGCUGUAGGCGCUCUCAGCUGCCCUGCCGCACGCGGAGGGCAGACCAGCGCCACCCACAGUCGCUUCAGAGGUGGAAGACCGCGCCCUCACCGCAGCGUCGAGCAGCUGAUGGCGCAAAAGAAGUCUUAUCAACGGCACCUGAAGCAGCUGCAGGCGACACAGCUGGCGAGGCAGCUGAUAGCAGAGCGGCGUGAGCUGAGCAGCGGCCGCGCCCCGCCGCAGCUAAGCGAGCGGCAGCGCAAGCGACGAGCCUUCGCCGACAAGGAGCUCGAGACGAUCAUGUACCAGCGAGAGACCGCGGCCACCAACGGUGCAGUGAUGGCCGAGCCACGUCCUUCUGGUUCUCUUCUUCUUUCUAUGGUUGCCGAACCACUUCCAACUGCUUCUCUUCUUUCUAUGGUUGCCGAACCACUUCCAUCUGCUUCUCUUCUUUCUAUGGACACUGAACCACUUCCUUCUGGUUCUUUUGCAUCUGUGGUCAACGAACCACUUCCCUCUGGUUCUCUUGCCUCCAGGAACCACACCAGCGAAAUUCUUGCUAGGCACUGCCAAUUAAAUGCCCGUGACUCUAUUAAGAAAGAAUCUCUGUUCAAAGCUCCCAAAAGUGAGCAAAAUGAUGAAGGAUUUUCUUCGGUUGGAAACGUCUUGGGUGCAGCUACUCGACCCGUCCCGAACUCUACUGAUGCCUCGCUUGGGUUGUCUCAGUUGUACCUCAUGGCGCUGAUCGCAAGAGGCAGUCCUUUCCUUCACCCAUUAACCCCCUCCAGCCUAAGUUUUCAACAGCCAGACAACACAAGUCACUCGUUAAUGACGUGCACGAACCCUAGUCCACUCCUGAGACCCUCGUUUGACCUCUUGCCACAAGCUUCCCUCGCCGACAGUCUGCAGUCGCUCCGCAUGCCGGCCGUGAACGAGCCCGUGACGCCUAACACGUUGUCUCUGCAUCAUGCCAUGACGCCUCAGUCACCCCACAAAGAUGGUGUGAAUUUGCCGGUGCGACUACACCAACUGUCAUUAAAUCAGGCGAAAAUACCGCUGGAAAGCGCGAUAAUCCGCGACGAUAUUGAAAAUCACGAUGGUUGCCAUUUUUCGCCUUCAACGGAGUCCUCACGUCUAGACAACAGCUACAACCGCUCGUCAUCGACGAUGGCGAAUGCCCCAAAUUUGUUUGCUCUGCCCUCGAUGAUGGGGUUCACUCCUGUGACUCGUGAAGAAGGCACUGCAUUUAAAUUACCUUCCCACGGUUUGGAUGUGAGUCGACAUGCAAUUGAUAAAGACCGUCUCUAUUUUUCUCCAUUCAUGUCGGCUCAAAACAGAUGCGAUUCGCAGCCCGAGCUCCUCGAAUCUAACAAAAGCUUCCAAAGCUCAAUCUUCUUAAACUUUCCGAGUUUGCCCACCUCGUUUGAAUUCCCGCAUCAAACUUUACAGAACUUUCACCGCAAAGAAACGUCUUCAGCACAAAAAUCAGGCGAACCGUUUAACCGAAAAUCUACGGAGCAAUUUUGUAAGUUUUCAAGUGACUCGAAAACAAACCCGCUUACCAGCCACACGGCAGAUCAACAGGAGCGGGAAACUAACCCUGCCAAAAUUUCCAGUCGAAUUUUUGAAUAUCCUGGCGGAGAGUCAUGUUUCCUGCCCGAUUUUGACCCCAAAAUUGGAGUAGGUCCCCUGACCCCUCCUCCAGACCAACCCAGCCAGCCCACCAAGAAGAAUCGUAUUUCUUUUUCUGUUGAAUCCAUCAUCGGACGGUGAAGAAGGGAUGCUGUCACCACAAAUUUGCAAUAAAUUU